AUGGAGGAAACUCUGCAAGCACUCGAUGAUCUGAUUUCCCAGUUCCUGAGCUUGGAUCGGUCUCUCUGGUCCAGUUCUGAUGAUGCUGACGCCUUUUUAGAAGCUGUGGAUGAACUAACUUCCACCAUCCAUGGCCUUGAGAAUACCUCAGCGGAUCAUGUGCUCCUUGAGAGCUUUGAUCUCCUUCUAGAGCGAUGUUCCACGAGGCUUAAGGAUGAGUUCCAGCAGCUGGUGGGUACAUCUGGCUUCAGUGAUGACCAUGGUGACCACAGUUUCAAGAGAAGCCAAAAUGAAGAUGACAACCACACCUUUGUAGCCCAACCAGUUAGAAACUUUGACAUCAUUGUUGAUGCCUUACCAGAGGGUGUAGUCACUGAGGCAAAUCGAAUCGCAAGAAGGAUGAUCGCUGCUGGUUUUGGUGAUACAUGCGCGGAGACCUAUGCUUCUGCACGCCGCGACUUCAUUGAUGAGAGUAUUGCUCGACUUGGGGUCAAUGCUCAUUUGGAAGAAUUGUCCAAGUCAACAUCAUGGGAGGAGCUUGAGACUCAGAUCAUGCGCUGGAUACCUGCAAUACGUGUUGUGUUCCACAUCUUAAUCCCAAGUGAGCGUCACCUAUGCAAUUGCAUCUUUGAAGAAUUUACAUCUUACACUAACCUUGCCUUUGCCACAGCAUGCAAACCAUUUCUUCAACUCCUGUCCUUUGCCAAAGUUAUUGCUGCUGCUGGACAUAACCCAGAGAGUCUCUUCCGUAUAGUUGACAUGUAUGAUGCUUUAACUGAUAUUCUUCCUGUACUUGAUGAAGCCUUUGAUCAUGAGGUAGCUGUUCUUCGUGAAUGCCUUGGAUUGUCAAUUAAGGGCAUAUUUGUGGCUCUAGAAAAACUGAUACGCUGUGAUCCAUGCGAGUCUUCACCACCAGAUGGUGGAUUGCAUCCGAUUACAAGGUACGUGAUGAACUAUCUUAUGGCAGCUUGCGUAUCUCGCCAUACUCUGGAAGAAGUGAUGCUUGUGGAGUUUGGUUGUGUUGAAACAUGUCCAAUCGACCCUGACCGUCCCACAUCAUCACUGGCAAUCCGCUUUGCUUGGAUUGUGGAUGUGCUGAUAGGGAAUCUUGAGUCCAAAUCCAGGAUUUAUGGUCAUGCUCCUCUUGGCUGUGUCUUCCUGAUCAACAAUGGGAUCUAUAUAAUCAAGAAAGUCAAUGGUUGCGAGCUUAAGAUCUUGCUGGGUGAGGAUUGGACCAGGGUAAUAUCUGCAAAGGUUCAGCAAUGGGUGUUGGAAUACCGCCGGGCUACCUGGGGGAGGGCCAUAGCGAUACUUGAGACUGACAGUAGUUUGAGUAUUAUUUUAGAGAAACUGAACCGCUUCCAUAACUUUGUGGAAGCGAUUUGCCAGGUGCAGUCACGGUGGGUACUGGUGGAUAAGCAGCAAGCAGUGAAUUUGAGCAUUAUGGUUGAGGAGCUGGUUAUUCCAGUGUACAGGGAUACAAUUGAUAUGUUAAAGGCAACAGAGGCUGUAGGGGUUUCAUAUGUGCGACCUGAGGACGUGAAGUCACGGAUUCAGCGGUUGUUCAAAGCAAUGGCCAAAUCAUAG